AUGUCUCUGGUCGUCCUCCCCGCGCUCAUCCCGGACAUCCCGCGCAUCUACCAAAUCUACUUUGACGCCUUUCGCGCCGACAAGAUGGGCGCUCUGAUGCUGCAAAUCCUCUUCCCUGGUACUCUCGACGACCAGGACUUCCUCAAGGCCCACGCCGCCGGCACCCUCAGCUACUGGCACCUCAGCGACUGCCAGUACACCUUCAAGGUCGUCGACACGGCGACGGGCGCCAUCAUCGGCAUGGGCCUCGGCGACGCCUACCUGCGCGAGCGCACCGUGCCCGAGCGCGCCAACCACGGCGUGCCCUGGCUCGAGGGAGAGCAGAGGGCGCGCGCGGAAAAAGUCCUGAACCCGCUGUGGGAGGUGCGGGAGAGGCUCUUUGGUGGACGUCGCUACAUCUCUCCGACGCUAACAUCAGCCGAACCCGUUCGCUCCAGACUGCCAUGUCAUCGCCAUUGA